UGCCGGGGCAGGUUCCUCACGAAACGUUCCAGGCUCACCUCGACCACCUGCGGUACCUUCGAAGUCUGCUGCGUCCUCAGGAGAGGCAAGCCCUUCGAAACAACCAAGCCCUUCAAAAGAACCAAACGUAAAGGCACCACCACCAGCAAAGGUAAGGGUCAACAUGUUAUUGUAUCCUCCACUGCAACCAUUCUUGGCUUGUCGCUUUCUUGUAACGUUGAAUCAUCCGCAACCAUUCUUGGGUUUCCAAUCCAGGAUAGUAUUCAUGUAUAGAAGAAAGAACGAAUCCUUUUCGGAAGAAUGAGACGUCUGGCAAAGGGCAUUGACUUGUUUUCCAGAGAAACUAUACAUGUUGUAGAGAGUAUCCACUUUGUAGAGAGAUGAAGAAUUUCAAUGACUCUUCUUGUGAACACUGCAAUCUGAGUUUUAGAAGACCUCUAACAAAGGGGAUUCUGAAGAAGGACGGCGCGAAGAAAACAGACAAGAAGAAACUGAAGUGGCGCGACCAGGCAGUCUCCGGCAAGAGUCGGGAAUCUGUGACCUUCAUCCCCGAUAAAAAACAGGAUGGCGCAGACCUCAAGGGAUUCGCUGAGGCGCUCGCUAAGCUUGAGGAAUCUAAGCGGGACGACGAUUCAGAGGUUAGUGAUGACUUUAGCGAUUAGUAAAGCAAACG